CUUCACUGAACGCGUCCCAAGUGAGGUUGGCCUUGUAUCGGCGGUGGAAGAAGCACGACCCCCGCAGAUGGUGUACCUCUUGUUUUUGUUGUUUUUUUUGUUUGGGAGACUUGUCAAACUGCCACAACUUGUCCUGGGUGACAUGGGCGUUUAGAGGUCUGGGAAAAUGUGCAUUGCUUGAUGAAUAGCAUUUCUCGGAGAAGUGUCGACUGAAGGGAGGCAGCUAUGCUACAGCCUGAAUCACAAGUAGAUUUGCAGUUUCCCAGAAAUACCAGUAACAGUCCGAUCAUGACUGCACUGGAAAGCAUAGGUGAAACCUCAGGGCAGGGCGGAAGUAAGUCUCGUUUGUCUUUGCGUCAGGCUCGUAAGCGAACGUUAAACUCUGAUAUAUCCCCGGCACCUGAACCACGGACAAGUCAUCGUUUUCGCACCUCGAGCACUGGGGAAUCGGACGAUAGAAAUAAGGUAGAGUGUGCAGUACCCACUUCUCAGACGCCUCCCACUUUACGGAAAAUGAGCUUGGGAAGAAACACCACCACAAGUAGUGGCCGCCGCACCGCUGGGGGAUCCUCUCAGUCAAGCGGAAUAACAGGUGGUGUGGUGGAUGGUGCGAUGAUUGGUGGUCGGGUCACUGGCGUGUGUCCCAUAGCCAACUUGGGCAACACCUGCUUCCUUAAUUCAGUGUUGUAUGCACUGAGAUUCUUGCCUGGCUUUACUCAUGAUCUUCACCAUCUCCAUAUGCAUUUACAAGCUGCAGGGAACCAAAGUGAUGGUACAUUGGACCAACGUAUUCAGUUUUUGUCAGAACUACAUAGUGUAUUUGUUAGUUUAGGGAAGGAAGAGAGAAAUGUCUCCGACAACAAAAGGAUACCUGCCUUUCAUCCCUAUGAUUUUUUAGAAGCUUUAAGAGUUGUUAACCCAAUGUUUGAGGGUAACAGACAGCAAGAUGCUCAUGAGCUACUGCACUGCCUACUCGAUCAACUUUGUCACUUACCGCAGGACUUGCGGGAAGGUAGACCAAAUGGUGCCACAAACUCUGAUCCAACACCAGUCACACAGGAAUCUGAUUCUAGUCCAGAACCCAAGAGGUUACGGAGAAGGUCAGAAAGAAUACAGGCCAUAGAAGAAGAUUCUAGUAAGGCUGUUGAUGUUGUAGGGUCCAAAUUUAUUGGUCGCAUGUGCCUUGAAACUUGCUGUUAUGAAUGUGAGAAAGUAACGGGGAGGGAAGAAAGCUUUCUUGAAGUGUGUGUACCUGUUAAAACCAAAGCCGAUUUUGAUGAGGAUGAGAAUGUCAGCGAGACUCAGGUGUUCAUGUCAGCAUUAUGCGAAGAGGAAUGCUUACGUGACAAUAAUAAAUAUUGGUGUGAUCACUGUUUUCAUCACAAUGAAGCGCGUCGUUCCGUCCACUUUUCUCAAUUACCACAUCAUCUUGUUAUUCACGUGAAGAGGUUCAGUGCUUAUCAUAGAAAUAUGUUCACUGCAAAAUGCAGUGAAGCAAUGCCUGCUCCUCUAGAACUACCAUGCUUUUGCCGUGCAUGUCUGUCAGAGCAGGUUCGGAAGCAGGCACUCAUGGAGCUAGAGAAGGAAAGCAGAACGACCAAACCAAAUACAAAUAGUAAAUCUGAUGUCUCUGGACAUCUGCCAUACCAUCUGACAGCUGUUGUGUGUCAUUUGGGAGCUACCUUAUCAUCAGGCCACUAUUUAUCCUUUGUACGUUUAAGUGCCCUUCAGUCUUCUAAGUGUCCAGAACAGCAUAUACAGCAGUUGCAGCAGCAGCAGCAGCAGCAACCAACUCAACCCCAGUCCAACUCCUCCGGAAAGCAUGACUGCCCGUGGAUGAGAUGCUGUGGGCUACACAUGGAUCAUAUUCACCCAGCGCCCAUUCUAAAUGGUCAUAUAGAUGGCAUGGAGUCUGGGAACGAACACGAAAAUAUGUGGUUAGAAUGUGACGACGAAAAGAUCAAACUAGUGACCUCAUCGGAAGUGAUCAGCAUGAUGCGGACUACUGUCAUCACUCCCUAUCUGUUGUUUUAUUCUCGCUUUUAGGAGGCAAACAUAGUGGGAAAGCAAAAACAACUUAACUCUUUCUGUGAUGAAAAUAUGAACAUUCUUUAAUUAACAUGUUCUUAGCAUCGUUUAUAAAGGUUACAAGAUUGAGUGGCAUUAACAAGAUGAAAUUAGUGCCUACGUAUUUUCCAUGACUCAAAUGUUGUAGUUGAUUGCAGUUUGCACACAUGUUACCACUUACCUCGAGAGUCAGGUUCUCUGUAAAAAUGACAAACCUAAUUUGGGGAGACUUUCCAUUUUUCCCUUUUCUUUGCAGGAAGUUAAAUCUAGGUCACUAGUGAUUUAAAAAAAAAAAAAAAAGUUUAAAGGAUAUGUUUUGUAGUAGAAUGCUGUUGCAUUUACAUGUAGUUCUAAAAAUUUUACUCUUGGAUACCGUGAUUUUUUGAACCGCAACCGUACAAAUUGACAAGAAUUCUAUAGAGGAGAGGAAACAAGUUGUGCAGUAUUUAAAGAACUCCAAAACUGUAAACAGCAUCAUGCAAUCUCAAAUCUUCAUUUAAAUUACAUACUAGCAACUGUAUAGUGUGCACAGCAGACAGAGGAGCAACCCAACUGCUUUCUUCUUGACAGUAAAGUGUCCAUAAAAAAAUUAAUCCAUUUAGAGAGCAUGAGAUUACUUAAGACAGAAAUCAACAAAAGUUGAAUGUAAAAAUUUUAUUGUUAAAAGGUAUAUAUGUAUUUGAAGAAUGUGAUUAUAAGUUCAAGAGAUCUUAUUGAGAAGUAGAUAAGAGAAAUCUCAAUUAAAUGCUUUAGAAUUAUGUUGGAAAUUAUUCUAAAACGGAAUUUAACAGCUCUUUGCAAUAGAAAUGUUCUACUUUAAAUUUACUUGGACAUAUGUUGACAAGCAGCCCUGAAAAGUGCAAUACAAUAUUUAUUGGAUUUUAUGUAUGUGCUGUUUUCCUGACACCAGUUACUUGUGAAACUUUCCUAAAGUAAUAGGAAUCCUGAUGAAGAACUAGUUCCAGAAAAUUUCUGGUAAUAUAUAGUGUGUGAUAUACAUAUAUUCUGACUGACUUCCAGCAAAGGCAUUAGGCAUGUGAAUAGUAACAUCUUGACAAAUUGUUCACAAAUUAUAUUGCCUUAAUAAAGGAGUCCUUUUGAAGGAAACCUUUUGUAGAUUAGUCAAAAUAUUCUGAAAUAAUGUGUGCUUUCAGAAGCUUCUUUCAGGGUUAAAAUUGGUCACUGUCUGAUGUGUUCUUAACUGCAGUGAGGAGGGGGUUGGGUUCAGCGUUUUUACAGUCGGUCAGACCCUAAACAAGCUAGUCAGUCAAAAGUUGUGCUUCUGAUCAGACCCACUGGUGGUGCUUGAAAUCUUUGAAGAUUAGUUUUUUAAUUUAGAAGCUUUUCAUUGAGAAUGUAAGUUGCAGAUUUUUGUUUCCAAUUACUAAUUCCAUUUUUGUCUAGUGAAUGGUAAUUUUUUACAACCAUGUGUGUAUUUUUGCUCACAAUACAUGAUUGUCCCAAGUACACUAGUUAUAAUUUUCUGGGUGAAAUUACUUUUAUUUAUUGGAUUUCAAAUUGUGAAGCAAAGCAUCUUUAUACAGAAAUAUCUUCAUGGAAAGAAUUAGAUAUAAAAGAACACACAACUUUUGAUUUAUAGCAGGUCUUUGGUCUACAGAAAGCCUUUCAGCUGGAAUUUAAUUUUUUUCUUCUCCAUGGUUCAAGUUUUUUUUACAUCAUUUAGAUGUGCAAGAGGCUUUCAUUCUGCACCUGUAGUUGGUAUUUUCUUUAUAUGGAAAAAGAUUUUAAAACUUAGUUGUUACUUUAUUUUAUUUGACAUUUGUUAAAACAUUUUUUUGACUUUUUCAAGUAAUUUGUUAUGUUUCUUAUAUGUAUACCCAAAGCAAUGAAGGAAAAACUACGAACAUAAAUAUCCAGAAGAGAAUUUUCCAUUCCAUAGAAAAUUACGUUCACUGCCGUGUUUGUUCCAGUUUUAGGCUUGGGACUUUUUAAGCUUAAACAAUUUCUCAUGACUUUCUAGCUUUCUUGGGGACUGAGAACUUUAUAAUAAGUCUUAGGCCUUUUAUAAAAGAUGUGAAUUUACAGUAUGUAAAUAUUUGUAACUUGAGAAACAUUCCUAUGUGUAUGAAAGUAUUACCUCUACAGUUGCACAAACCCCUCAGGCUAGCUCUAUGCUGUGGAAUUUUAACCAAAAGUGGUGUGGUUUAAUAUGAUGAUAAUAAGGAUGCUAAUUUCAUUUGCAGGAAUAACAAUAACCCAUUAAAGAUCUUGUUAAUGUAGCAGCAAUGGGGUAGAGCUGGUUUUGCUAUUAUUUGCCAGUGCAAGUGUUGGUGUUUUGCCAAUGUACUUAGUGAUCAGUCAUGUUCUUCAAAAGAUAGAUGAGUUCAGGUUCUUCUAUUCAAUCUCUGCAAGUGAUAUUGGAAAUUUUUUUAGCAUAAUUAUAAGAUAGCAACGUGGUAGUUAGGUUUGAGCAUUGCUGAAAUUUUUCUUCAAUCUGUCCCAGUUUCGGCAACCUCCUCCUUAUACUGAGAAUACACACAUCACAGUGAUAAAAUUAAAGCUAUUAAUUACAGUAAUUGUUUCAAUUGAUGAUGCUUAUGGUUUCUUUGUUUCAGAUUUGUAGUAUUUUUUUUAUAGUCCUUUGCUUCUAGAACUUGGAACUGUGCUCUACUCAUUGUCUCCAAGGUGUUAUAAUCUGUCUCUUUCAUGGGCAGUUCUGUAUCUCCCAAGGAGAAAAGUAUCACCACUAUUGUCAUAAUUUUUGUAAAAUAAAGUUGACCUAUAUAAGGAAUGUUUUGUCUGGUCUCCUAGAGGCUUGUUAAGUACAACAACCUUUACAGAAUGACCAACAAAUUCAAGGGUUAUGUUCUUCAAUCCCUCCUUCCUUCCCAGAUAAAAUCAUAAGGAUUUGUGAGAUAUUUUACAGUGUGAUUUUCCCCUUUAAAUGAGUUCUAGUUUUUUAAUGGAAAAUUUUACACAUGGCUCGCAGUAACAGUAAAAGCUUUUUCCCAGAGGCACAAUUUGCAUCCUGGUUCAUAUUACAGUAAAGUUAGUGUCUUGAAUUGUAAUCGGAAGUGUUAUGUUAAAUAUACAUUUAUAUUUUUUUCUUUUCAAAUAUUGCUUCUCUAAUUCAGUAAAUCCCUGUAAGAAAUGCAGACAUUUAUGCUUUACUCAACAUAACUUAUAAAAUGGGACACCGAAUGAACCAGAAUGGUAAACACUUGAGAAAAAACUAUUCACACUAUAUUUGAACUUUACAUUUUGUAUCUUCCUUUGGGAUUGUUCACUAGCCAUGCAGUUAUCAACAUCUGUAUUUCAAGGAAAGCCAUUUUUAUGUGAAAUUUAAUCAUUGAAAAAUUCAAGUUACGUACCACAAUUUUAAAAGGUAGUAAUACUACUAAAUGGAAGGACCAAUAAGAAUUGUUUUCACUGAUCAACGUCAUGAGUAAACAACUCCUCAAGUACAUACCGUAGCCAAAGCAAAACAUUACCUUAUUGUCUAGUUUGAAUAGCAUUUAUAUACUCCUUGACUAAAACUAUAAAUAGGGUUGCUCAAGGAAUGAGAGGUAAUGUAAAAUAUUCAGAUUAAUUACAAAAAUGUGUGUAAGGUUUGUUUAUUUGAACAAAAAAUUCAAUGUUCCAUUGUUAUAACUCCUGAUCUCUUGUUUCAGUCAUGUUGACACUGUUUCAUUCCCACUACUGCCUAGUACUGUAGUUAAAAACCCUGGAUGUGUCAUACUCUCAGUAGAAGCCCCAUUUAUACUUUGUAUUCAUACUUUUUUUCUUGGCUUUUUAUCAUUGAAAGUGGUUUUUAGCAAUUAGAUUCUGAACCUGUCAUUUGUACACACGUAAUUGUCCCAAUGUCUGACUGCUGAUGUACCUUAUUUUGCCAGAGCUGUCAGCAUUUGCUUCAUGCUGUCAUAUAACUGGUAAAUGUGUUAGUAUAUUAAAAGGGGAAAAUUUUUCUAGUAUAUUUUUGUAUACAGAACUUGGUGAACUUUAUAAAAGUAUGAAUGUUCCCUCUGCUAAUUCUGACAAAAUAAAAAAAAUAUUUAAUA